AAAAAUUACUUUCCUUAAUUAAUUCUCUCCGUAUAGCAGCUAUGGCCGAAAAGGUGACAACAAUGGUGCUGAAUGUAGUGGAUCUACAGUGCUCAAAAUGCUACAAAAAGAUCAAAAAACUUCUCUGCAAAAUUCCUGAAAUACGAGAUCAGAAGUAUGAUGAGAAGGCAAACAAGGUGACAAUUAAGGUGGUGAGCUGCUCGCCGGAGAAGAUCAGGGACAAGUUAUGCCGUAAGGGUUGUGGAUGCAUCAAGAGCAUUGAGAUCCCGCCGCCGCCUCCACCUCCACCUCCGCCUCCGCCUCCGCCCCCGCCUCCGCCUCCGCCUCCGCCUCCGUGUAAGUGUAAACUAUAUGUAGAUCUGCAACUCCAGGGGUUUCGUUGUUGUAAAUGCUACAGCGGUUGGCUUGGGGGCCCAUGUUCCUGUGGCGGGCGAGGCCAAUGCGGUCUGUGUUAUGGGAUACCCGUUUACGACAGUUGGUGCGGGUAUGGAAGCGGUUGUCAAGAAACUCAACCAGGUUGCUCAAUCAUGUAAAUACUAGUGUUUGGAAUCAUGCCAAGUUAAGUCCAAUAAUAAGUAACUGUUGUUUUAUGAAGUCUGUGUUUAGUGGAUUAUGCAAAAAUGUAUUGUUUAUUAUCAAAAAUGUAUGCUACUUUUAUCUUAAUAAAGAAUUGUGAGUGAGACUUCCGGCCGCCAAUUGGAAUUUUUUUUUUCAUAAGUUUUUGCAUGUAUUAUCAUGAUAGGAGAAAAUGGGUAAAUAAAAGUGCCAAUUUUAU